GCACCGCACCCUCACCAGCAAUAAGCACUUCUCCUCGCCCACCUCCGACGCAGUCCAAAAGCUGCAGCGCAUUCUGCUAGCCUUCUCCUGGCAAAACCCCACCAUCGGCUACUGCCAGGGCCUCAACCGGUUGGCAGCUAUUGCACUUUUAGUUCUGAAGGAUGAAGAGGAUGCCUUCUGGUGUCUGGUGGCUGUUGUUGAAAUCAUAAUGCCACAAGACUACUACAGCAAAACCCUCACUGCCUCUCAGGCUGAUCAGAGGGUGUUCCGUGACUUUCUUGCUGAGAAGAUGCCUCGCCUGACGGCCCACUUCAAGGAGCACAGCAUCGAUCAUUCCCUCAUCACCUUCAACUGGUUCCUGGUGGUCUUCGUGGAAAGUCUGGUCAGCGACAUCCUGCUCAGAGUGUGGGACGCUUUCCUCUAUGAGGGCACAAAGGUGAUAUUUCGCUAUGCACUGGCCCUCUUUAAGUACAAUGAAGAGGACAUUCUAAAAAUUCACGACAAUCUGGAAAUCUACCAAUACCUCCGUUUUUUCACCAAAACUAUCUCUGAUGGCAGGUGAGGCAGAAUGAGGAUGAUGAUAAUGUACAGCAGACGCAUCAGACCAGUUGCUGUCAAUCACAGACUGUAUAAACAGUUCACACUCAUCUCACUCACUCCAGUGGCCAUGCUUUUAACCACUAGUAAAGUUAGUGAUUUCAAUAAACUGUCUUGUACCAUUUUGAUGAUGGUAAAUGUGAACAGUGAUUUUGCAGUUUACUGAGCUUUACCAUGCAUCCACUAUGAAACCGUAAGUCCUUCUUUACCAUUCACUUCCUACAGGUAAUGGAGCCCCUACCUCACAGACCCACAUAAUGUCCUCUUUG